GCGAGGGAGGGACUUCCUUUUCCGGGUACGGGUCCCCAGGCGGAGGGAGAGCGAGGCAGCCGGAGCGCUUGAGCCCCCGGGCGCCAGACGGAGAGGCCGACAAAUGGCUGCUAAAAUUGGAGAAAUUUCUCACGUGAAUAAUUCUGCACCCCUCGUGGACCCCUCGGUGUACGGUUACGGAGUCAAGCGGGCUUUGGAAGACGGGAGUCUCCGUGUAAACUGGCUUCAUGGAUCGCAGAUAAGAGAUAACCCCAGAAUAGGUAACCAGUUAGGGGCCCUCGUACAUCAAAGGGCAGUAAUAACUGAAGAUUUCAAAGUGCCUGACAAAAUGGUUGGAUUCAUUAUCGGCAGAGGCGGUGAGCAAAUCUCGCGGAUUCAGGCAGAAUCAGGGUGCAAAAUUCAGAUUGCAUCAGACAGCGGUGGGAUGGCGGAGCGGCCUUGCAUGCUGACUGGAUCCCCAGAGAGCAUCGAACAAGCGAAACGGCUUCUGGGCCACAUCGUAGACCGGUGUCGGAACGGACCCGGCUUCCACAACGAGAUGGACGGCAACAGCACAAUACAAGAAAUCCUCAUUCCAGCCUCCAAAGUGGGCCUGGUGAUCGGCAAAGGCGGAGAAACGAUAAAACAAUUGCAGGAACGAACAGGCGUGAAAAUGAUGAUGAUCCAAGAUGGCCCCUUACCGACUGGAGCAGAUAAACCUCUUCGGAUUACGGGAGAUGCUUUUAAAGUACAGCAAGCCAGAGAGAUGGUCCUGGAGAUUAUCCGAGAAAAAGAUCAGGCCGACUUCCGGGGCAUACGCAACGAUUUUACAUCCAGAAUGGGAGGAAGCAUAGAGGUCUCCGUGCCCAGAUUUGCCGUGGGGAUCGUAAUAGGAAGAAACGGCGAAAUGAUCAAGAAGAUUCAGAACGACGCGGGGGUUAGGAUUCAGUUUAAACCAGAUGAUGGCAUCAGUCCAGAAAGAGUUGCACAGGUCAUGGGCCUGCCUGACCGGUGCCAACACGCGGGUCACAUCAUCACCGAGCUCAUCCUCACAGCACAGGAGCGCGACGGUUUUGGGAGCCUCGCGGUCCCCCGGGGCAGAGGGCGCGGACGGGGAGACUGGAGCGUGGGCACGCCCGGUGGCAUGCAGGAAAUCACUUACACGGUGCCAGCUGAUAAAUGUGGCCUGGUGAUCGGCAAAGGGGGUGAGAACAUCAAGAGCAUAAACCAGCAAUCCGGGGCGCAUGUGGAACUCCAGCGAAAUCCGCCUCCCAACACGGAUCCGAACAUUCGGAUAUUCACCAUCCGGGGGGUGCCCCAGCAGAUCGAGCUGGCCAGACACUUGAUCGAUGAGAAAGUUGGAGGCACCAGCCUAGGUGGACCCGGAGGAUUUAGCCAGGCUCCUUUCAGCCAGCCACCUGCGACAACUCAUCAAAACGGUCCCCAGGCGUUCAUGACCCAGGGCUGGGGCAGCACUUACCAAACAUGGCAGCAGCCAGGGCAGCAGGUUCCAAGUCAGCAAAGCCAGCAGCAGAACAGCCAACCGGAUUACAGCAAGGCAUGGGAAGACUAUUACAAGAAGCAGAGUCACGCUGCCACAGCUGUUUCCCAAGCCAGCAACCAGCCAGAUUACACGAUGGCGUGGGCAGAGUAUUACCGACAGCAGGCGGCCUACUAUGGGCAGACGUUAGGGCAAGCUCACAGCCAGGAGCAGUAGAACAACUGUUUGAUUCUUCUUCCUUUUUUUCCUUUUCCUUGGAAUCAUUGUGGAAACAAACCUUUUUUGUAACAGAGGUUUCUAGAUUUGCAACCGUUUGAAGACUCUUUCUUUCUUUCUUUCUUUCUUUCUUUCUUUCUUUCUUUCUUUCUUUCUUUCUUUCUUUCUUUCGUGAAACACUAGUGGUUAGGAUAAUCUAUACUGAACUUUUUCUAAGAAUCAGGAACAAUUAGCAAUGUGUACUAAACUUUAUGGACAUGCGACAUCAUUUUCUUCCAUUUCCUUAAUUUCUGCUUUUUGUUUUGUUUUUUGCUUUUCGGGGAGGAUUCAUUUCAAAAAUUGUAAGGAAAAAAAAAAACAAAGUGAAACUCCGGGAACAUGAUUUGGAGGGAAGCCAACGAACAGCUGGCAUCACAACUUUCCCCAAAGCUGUGACGUUUCAACAAAUGGGUUUUUGUGUGUGCGCGCGUGUGUUUAGUUUUGUUGGGUUUUUUUCUUUUUUUCCCCAUCUCUUCUCCUUGUACUUUGAUUUUAAAAUCUUUUUCUGUUGAAACAGAAAAAAAAACACGCUUGGAAGUCUUAGGUGGUAUGUAACGAAUUCUAAAAAGAAAAGAAAAUGAAUUUUUUAAAAAAAACAGUAUUUAAAUAUUCUUAAAUAUGUAAAUUCAUUAAAUAUUUUACUUCUAAUUUUUCUUGUACCUUGGCUGUCUUUUUUGAUUUUAUUGCAUUUUUUAAAAAAGAAGAAACUGAAUUAUGCUAUGUAUUGUAAUUAAUUAUGUGAAUUCUUUAUUGAGACAGUUGCUGUUUGCUGUCGAGCUCGUUUAUCGCGGGGGGCAUUUUAUAGGGGCUGUAUAAUUUCUAGAGAUCUAAAGGGUUAAUAUAAAAGCAAUGUGUUAAUUUUUUAGUGAUACUGUUUUCCGUUCUAUGUUUCCCUGGUUAGUUGCAUUUGUAAAUCUAAGACCUCCAAGCAUCUUUAAAAAAAACAAACAAAAAAAAGAGCAAAAUACUUUUUUGUCUAUUUCAGAAAUAAAUACUGUUAUUUUUAAUAUUAAGAUGAAACUGCUAUUAGUAUCUUUAACAAGCACUGUGGAACAUUAAAUCCUAUAAAAUAGUAGUAACUAUUUUUUAAUUCCAGGGUGUGUGUUUGCUUUUGGCUUUUUAUUUUUUUUUUCUUUGUUUUUAAGUAUUUUCUUACCUUAAUAUUUGUCAAAUUUUACCUAGAGGAAAUAAAAAUGAAAUCUAGUAUUAACCAUAGGUAUGUUCUGAAUAAUUUUUUGAUUUAAUAAAAGGGAUAAUAUGGUUUCCAGUGUUUAUUGUAGUGUUUUCUUGUACAGAUAACAGUGUAUUUUUAAAGAGAAAAAAAAAACGGAAGUAAAGCUAUUUUUUUCUUGACAUUUUUAAUUGAUCUAUGGGACAUUCCGUUUUGAAUUGUAUCGAAGUUGCUGUUUUAGGAUCUUCCUUGCCCUCCCUCCUAUUUCUUUAUAAUGCUUGAAAUGUCUAACUGUAUACAGAAAAAAAAAUUGGAUAAUGUUCAGCAUGAUGUUUUAAAACGAAAAUGUUCUUUUUAUUUGACUGACAGUUGCAUUUUACACUCUCUCUAUAAUAAAAAAAAUUCCACACGAUUACA